AUGUCCCUAAUAUUCCCUACUUUAUUAUUAUUCUCUUUAAUUACUUUUACAUUGGCUGAUUCUGCCCUCAAAAACCGUUGUUACAGUUGUGCAUCAGAAAAUAUGAAAGAAGAUUUCCUUUCACGUGAUCGAGGUCCGCCUGGACGUGUUAAAGAACCUAAACUUUAUGAUUCGAUGUGUGAUUUAGAUUCGUGGUUAAUAAGAGAUAAAAGUUCGGUUGAUUGUAAUGGACCUUGUUUUAAAUGGCAACAAAUUUUAAAUAAUUCUGGAGUUUUAUCGUAUUCUACAAUACGUGAUUGUUAUGAAAGGGUGAGGGAGAAAGAAAAUAAUGUAACUUAA